UUUUAUGCGAGCCGCCAAACACAGAGCCACGAUGUCCGACGCUGCUGCUCCAGCAGACAAUAACGGGGAGCCUGGAUUAAACGGGUCAUGGGUAGAGCUGGAGAUGAACAGAAAUGCCGCCUCUCUCUCUUCCUCCAGCCCCUCAGUGCCGCCCCCUCUAGCCCAGGUAGUAGCUGAGGAUGUUGGGAUUGUGGGGGGGCUUGAACAUGUUCCCUCAUCAUCUUCCAUCCACAAUGGAGACAUGGAAAAAAUCCUUUUAGAUGCCCAGCAUGAAUCCAGCCACAGUAACUCCUCAUGCGACAGCCCUCCUCGACCUCACAGUCCUCAGGAUGAAGGUCAGAUCAUUUUCGACGUGGACGUGAGGAGGGACAGUCAGGAGGAAGUGAUGGAGAAAACCAGAGAUGAUGACAUCUUAAUGAAGGAUUCAGAACGCGUGGCAGACUGGUCAAGUAGGCCAGAGAAUAUUCCGCCUAAGGAGUUUCAUUUCCGGCACCCGCGGCGUUCAGUGACUCUCAGCAUGAGGAAGUCAGGAGUCAUGAAGGAAGGAGGCAUCUUCUCUGCUGAGUUCCUCAAAGUGUUCAUCCCCUCACUGCUUCUGUCCCACAUCCUGGUCCUGGGUCUUGGGGUCUACAUUGGGAAAAGACUGACAACUGCCUCUGCAAGCUCCAUUUGAACACAGAUCUGAUCGAGUGCCUCAGGCGUGACACGGGUGGAUAAGGGAGAAGGUGGCAGUUUUUAUGAAGAAGCCCCUGCUGCCCUUUCUGCUCCUUUAAGUCUUUUCAGCCACCUUUCUUCCCUUUUUUAGUGGUUCCUUUAUUUAGCCUUUCCAGGUUGAGAAGCAUCAACUUCUCAUGUCAGGCCCUUUUUCUUUUCGUUUAUAAUUUUCUGUAUCUCUUUUCCAGUUCUGAAUGUUCUAACGCCCCCUUUGAGUUAAUUUUGGAAGUUUUUGCUUGAAACCAAAUGUGUGCACACUAGCUCUGCACUAGCUAGAUUCAGGCAGGGGCUAAAAAGCAUCCCGUUUCGGUCCAAUCACCUGACCCAACUGUGGGCCACUCACAAGUGAUGAAGAAUCCCCCUAGUUUUCACCCUCAAAAUGGGAACAACCAAAAUAUAUUGAAUUUUGAAGUUAUUUGAGCAUGCCUGAGUGCUAGCUAAGAAUUUAUUUAUUACUACAAAUGCUACCAAUUUUAGUUAUU